AUGGAUUCCGACGAUGAACAAUUCCAACAAGCGGUAGAUCUAGAGUUCCAAAACCUUGUUGCGGCGGUGCAACGUGAAGCGGAAGAGGCAGAAGAGGCGGCUGAGGCGGCGGUGGCAGUUGGCCGGCCAUUCCAUCAUCGGCGAUUUUUCGAUCAUGAUCAUGUCGGGGCAGACCGCAGGUUGAUGGAGGACUACUUCAACGACAACGCCCGUUAUCCGCCAGAAGUUUUCCGUCGGCGAUUCAGAAUGUCGAAAAAUCUCUUCGUCCAUAUAGCGACGUGUUUGGCGCAGCGGUUCAGGUGCUUCAACUUGCGAUAUGAUGCCACCGGCCGACCCGGCUUGCCGACUUUCCAGAAGUGUACGAUGGCAAUUAGACAGCUUGCCUAUGCCCGGCCCGCUGACAUGUUCGAUGAAUACCUAUAG